UUGCGAAAUUCACUGAUUAAUCUUAACUACUGCAGCUGAUUAAAACCCCUUUGCUAUAAUCUAUUUCGGACAUUUAACGAAAACGAUAUCGUACAAUAUUUUUGUCGACUCCAGUAAAUCUUCAACAUCAGCUGUGACUGUGAUAGAAAAACGUUACCGCUGCUGCAGUAGUAGUUGUACUCGACACUUUAUUAUUAUUAUAUAGGUACAUCGAGGUUUCGUUAUCUACAAUAAACGUAAUCGAUCGAAUUGACAGAAACAAAUGCAUUGGUCGAAUAUAAUAUGUACAUAUAUGUCCGCGUCAGUUUACGUAUUAGACGAGAGUAGAGAAUGUGGCGUGUUUGCAAGGGAGGGCUUUACGAGAGAGAAUUAUAAGCGGGGGCGGGGCGGAAAGAGAAAUAGAGCGAUCGUUACAAAUAAACGUCGCUUUUAUUGCGUCUCUAAAUAUAUAGUUAAGGUUCGAUGGUCCGUAGUGUAAACCACCGAACAGGAUGUAAAUCGACUGACUGUUGGAUUUUGUUCGCAGAAAUCGCAGUGCCGUCGAGACCCAUGGCGAUUACUGAAGAACCAGACGACGAUCGCAAAGAUUACAACGAUGGCGACGACGAUGGAGGUAACGGUGGUCCAUCGGAAACCGUUUUCAACUCGUUGCCGACGGACAACAGUUCGCUCAACUCGGACGCGGUCCGGUGGUCGCACGAUGGCGUCUUCGGUUGGCUCGCGUCGGCCGGAUGCUGUUGGAUGGCAUCCACCUUGGUGUUCGGCAGGUGAUCGUCGUCGUUCGUCAAUUGUUCGCAACAUCCGAUGCGGAAGCGUCGUUAUUGUCACACGAUCGAAAUGUAGUGCUGUGGCGCGGCAUCGUCCCACCCUCUGGAACCGGAACGGACUGUAGUAAUUUUUUACGCCCUUAAAUUUUCGUGUUUUUGGUUUGUUUUUUUGGUUUAGUAUAAGUGCGUUAUUCUCAUCGUGCAUUUUGUAUGAUAAAAAAUUAAAAAAAUUAAAUAUCGCGGCGGACGUGCCAUCGAUUAUGUGGUGUUAUACGAGUAAAUUCGUCGCUUUUAUUUGUAAUGUACCUAUUAUUAUAAUAUAACUGCAGUUGUUAUUAUACUAUAUUUAUUAUAAUAUUAUGAAAAUCAAAUAUUAUAAAUUGUGUUGUAUUAUUCGGCUAAUUGUAACGUUUUUAUAGCAUAAUAAUAUAUUAUAUAAAUCAUAUAAUAUUUCGUCCUAUACAACAGCACUGUGUAAUAAUAACAAUAUAACAAUACUUACAAUGUUGUGAUGUAUAUGCGUGCGUAGUCUCCGCCGAAACCGUUGUAUAUAUUACUAUAGUUAUAAUACUUAUUUUGAUCGUUUACAAUAAAUAAAUACAAGCACGCACGCGUACAUACAUAUUUAUGAUAAUAUAAUAUAAUACCUUCACAAUAAUAACAAUACUAUACGUGUAGGUACGUGUUUGUGCGUGUGUCCGUGUUUAUAAUAAUAAUAAUAUUAUAUUUCAUGUA